AUGGAGGGCAACCAAUCUUAGCAAAGUAAUAGUAGAGAUGCACCGAAAAAGGAGAACAUACAUCAUAUCUAAUCGACUCAUUUAUUAAAAAUGAAUAAUACUGAAAAGAAAUUAAGUUUUACAGAUUAGAACUUAACUGAAGUGCCUAAACAACUACUUGCAGCAACUUUCUAGUUAAUCUCACAUUUGGACUUAAGCAAUAAUUUGAUAACCUAAAUAACAGAAACACUAAUUAAUUGUGUCCCUGGUCUUACAACUCUACUUAUUAGCAGUAAUAAACUUGCUUAUUUUACUCCAGCCAUAAAAAGACUGAGGCAUCUUAGAGUGCUUAAAAUAAAUUCUAACUGUUUAAAUAUGAUACCAAAUGAGAUAGGAGAUUUAUUUGAGCUAGAAGAAUUAGAUGCCUCUGAUAAUAAGCUUUUUGGCCUUCCUGAUAGCAUAUGCAAUCUAAACUAGCUGAAAACUCUUAAUAUUCAGUAGAACAUGAUCCGAUAUCUCCCUCCAGAGUUGGAUUAGAUGAGAAGGAUAGAGUGUCUCUAUAUUGAUAGUAAUUUAUUCACUUCUAUUCCAUGCUCGUUAGGAAGACUAAAUAAUAUAAAAGAAUUUUCACUGGAUUGGGUAAAGUAUGUUUAUGUUGAUCCUCCUCUACCAAUAGUAAUUAAAACUUCAAGCAAUCAAGGCUAAGCAUUCAUGGAGGUUUUAAAAAAACUUUGUCAUCAUUUAGUUCUCUAAAAUGAUAAGUAUGAAUGCGAUUUUGUUGAUUUCUUAAGGUUUUUAUCUGAAUCUAGAUUUAAUAUAAACGAUGUUGAUUCUCGUUAAAGAACUAUACUUCAUAACGCUUGUAAUUAAGGCGACUUAGGAGUGAUAAAAUCACUUAUUCUUAGUGGUUGUGAUUUGAAUAUACUAGAUAAAGAUUAAUGCACUCCUCUAUGUGUUGCUAUUAGAGAAUUUAAAUUUGAUGCAGCCAAGUUAUUGAUUGAAUCUGGGGCUGAUGUGAAUAUUGGUGGCGGAAUCUACGGAAGUGCCUUGCUAUUAGCUGUAGUAAGGACUGAUCUAUAAUUAGUUGAUAUGAUGAUCAAGAGAGGAGCUGAGGUUAACAUUAUUGAUAAAGAUGGUAAUACUCCACUCCACUUCAUAGUAAAUGUCUUUUCAAAAAGUGAAACUAAAUACAAAGCUAUUGCAGAGAGUUUGAUUAUGUCAGGAGCUAGACCAAAUUAGAAAAACAGAGAUCUAUGGGCACCCUUGCAUGUAGCUGCCCGUAAAGGUUAAAUUGAAGUAAUUAGGUGGGCUAAGAUGGCUAAUGAGAUUCUUAAGGAACUUAAAAUGGAAAUUUUCGACUUUAAUUUACCAGGUGGAUAAGAAAAAUGGGCUCCUCUUCAUUUAGCGGGAUAUUCAGGUCAUUAUAAGGUUGUUGAGGAAAUUUUAAGUGGAACAUUGGAAAGUAUAAGACAAUUCCCAAUAAAUGUCUAUGCGAGAAACCUAGAUUUUAAAACUCCAAGAUAAUGUACCAAAGGCAAUCUUGUUCUUACAAAAAUCUUUAGAAAAGCAGAAAAAAGAUAUCUAAAAGAAAUAUUUGAGUUAGAAUGGGUUAAUGAAUCUUAAAUCCUAGUAAAUCAUGAUAUAUCCUUAAAUUAGGAUUAAAAACCCAAGUAGAUCAAUAGCAAAAAGUAAUAAAUGAGCUAAAUUGAUAACCUAGAUGCAAUUUAUCUGCCUCUUAAAGACCAAAUAGAACAAAUUAAGCAUCAAAAGUAGUAGAAUAGUGCGAUACUCUAAAGAAAUCAGCCAGAAUUCAAAAAGCUAGGGAAAAAGAAUCUUUUAGAAAAAAGUUUAAGACUUGAGCAAUCUAGAAUUAUCGAUGAUCAUGAAUCAGACUAAGAGAAUGAUGGAAAAGAUUUGAACUUUCACAAAUAAUAUAAGAAGGCACUCGCUUAUAAUGACUUAAGAAAAAGGGUUAUAUAAGGUGAUAAUGACUAGAAUUCCAUCUUUGUUGAUCUAAUGAAGACUAUGUCACCACGUACCUUGGGCCUUAAACUUUAAUUUUUUAAGAGUUCCCAUGGAGUAAUAGCUGCUGGUGUUGACCUCUUUAAAUUCUAAAAGUAGCUAAAUGAUUCAGUACUAUUAGAGAGUGAUAACAAGUUAAAGAAUAGACAAAUGCUUUUAUCGCCCAGAGCUGGAAGGCAUAUUAAUAUUUUCUACCUUAAGGAUAAAAUCAUAGAUAACAAAAAUAUCCAUGAAAAAUUUGAGGCUCUUUCCAUUUUAUACAAGGAGACCAAACAUUAAAACUAUGAUGCUAUGCUGAGGCAGCUCAUUGAUAGAUUGCCCUUGCUAACAGUCACAACUCAAUUUAGGUGUGUUGUUGAUGAAAUAGUUAAAUUGAUAUCAUCAAGAGGAAGUGUAUAAUCUAUAGACUAAGCAAUCAAAGCUUUUGAAAAAAUGAUGUAAAAUAAAGAAGAUUAGGCUUUUGUCUGUGUGGAUGAUUAUGAAAAUUAUGUUAGUGAUUUAUCAAUGGCUAAGUUGUUAUAAUCAAAAAUUAAAAUUCCGGUUAGCAGCUUUAAGGGCUCAUUUGACAAUACAGGAAAUUUUGAGCCAUUUAGAUUGAAGCCAUUUCAAGAUAGUAAAAGUUAAUAAUUCUAGGUCAUUGAUUUAAAUAUGGCAGGGAAGACCUAAAAAAUAAAGUCAAGAGUUAAUGAGACUCCUAAGCUUAUCAAAGAAAGAAAUAACAAAUACUUUGGAAUGUGA